AUGGCAGCCCCACAAACCCAAUCCAAGACCCUGUCCCCGGCGAUGUCAUCGCUGUUGCCCUCCGAUAACUCGCAUUCACCCUGUUCAACCCAGUCGCUGCUGCGUCCCUCUUCCUUUGACACCGCAACAACAACAGGUGACGCUGCAACUUUUGUUACUCGCAUUUCGUCAUCUGCAUCAACAACGCCUUUAGACAUCUCUCCAUCACCCUCGGUUACUUCCUUCAUUACUACAAAUACAAAUACAAGUACAACCUCUUCCUCGGCUUGUUCUAAUAGCAGCAAGACCCCGAUUGAGUCAUUACGGCGGUAUCCUCUAGACCUUACCGGACCAAUUCCCGAAGAGCACGACGAAGAGACAGGAAGCGAAUCAUUUUCCAACGAACCCGCUACGCCAAUUAGUGGGAGACAAUCACGGGAUUUCCGCUAUUGCGAACAGAACGAUACUUACCUCCGUCGCGACUCUAUUACUAAUGGUCUUGCUGCUUCUUCAUCAGGUGUUCGAGAGCAUCCCGAUGUUUCCCUAACCGUCGUUAAUAAAGACGUUGCUGCGAACCCAGCUCUUUUAUUGCCCCCUUCAACUGUUCCUGUUCCACCUUCACAAUAUAACGUUACCCCACUGUCACCAACGCCAUUUACUACACAAUCGGAAUACGAUCAACCUAAUUUUGAUCGACGUCCUUCAACAACUACAACUAUAACCACAGCUCCGGUAAGGAACUUUGUGCGACGUUCCUCAUCUGCUUUGACCAGGAUGGCGUCAAUUUUUAAGCGCAACAGUUUCCACGUGGGGGACGGCAGUGUAACAACGGAGUUUAGAGAAACCAAUUAUAAUGGAGAGACAUCCGAAUCCACUCUUGCCUCUACCAAUAGAGUAACCCCAAACGAUAGUCGUCGUCGCUUCUCUUAUCACCGCUCAGCUGCGUCGACAAGAUCAAAUACCCCACCAUCGCCUGCAUCUCCCUUGGACACCCCUCCUAAUUCACAAGAAAAGUCAAAUGGCGUGUCUAUACCCACGUCGCGAGACUUCUUGGAAAAUAACUCCAAGAAGGCCAGAGCAAACACCGGUCUUUCUCUCCGCAAUAGAGUAGUAGGAUUUGCAUCGACUAAGGCUCAUUCACACCGACGAACAAGGAGUCUAGAACGAAAAAAGAGGAACGAAGAGGAGUUGACAAGACAGCCAUGGGCCAUUCCUCCCGACGCCGGUACUGGCAUGAAAGCCAGAAGACUCAGUCUCAGUCUCCCUGACGACUUCACUGUUGAUGUUGCAGAUCUCACAAAAGAGUUCGAAUACCAGCAUAAAUUCCUAGGCCGUCAUGGAAAGCAUCUGGGCAAAGGUGCGACGUCAAAAGUUACUCUUAUGGUCCGCAAAGGUAACCCCGGCGAGCUGUACGCCGUGAAGGAAUUUCGAUCGAAGAGCUCAUCCGAAACUGUGGGGGAGUACGAAAAGAAGAUUAAAUCCGAAUACAGCAUCGCAAAGAGCUUACACCAUCCCAACAUUGUCGAGACAAUUCGGUUAUGUACUGACCACGGACGUUGGAAUCAUGUUAUGGAGUACUGCUCCGAAGGAGACCUUUUCGGCCUAGUUUCCAAGAAGUAUCUCCGAGAUGAGUCCCGCGAGGUAGAUCGCAUGUGCUUGUUCAAGCAGCUCUGCCAAGGGAUCAAUUAUUUGCACUCCAACGGCAUUGCCCAUCGGGAUAUCAAGCUGGAAAAUCUGCUGAUCACUAAAGACAGCAAGUUGAAGAUAACGGAUUUCGGUGUCUCCGAAGUCUUCUCCGGUAUACAUCCGGGUCUUCGAGAAGCCGGUGGCCAGUGCGGUGUGGGUAUGGGUGAAAUACGUCUCUGCAAACCCGGUAUCUGCGGCAGUCUUCCAUACAUAGCCCCUGAAGUCCUCACUAAGGAUGUCGACUACGAUCCCCGCGCCCUGGAUGUUUGGAGUUCAGCUAUCGUCAUGCUGUACCUAAUUUUCAACGCCAACUUGUGGGAGAAGGCGCAGGCAGGCUUGACCUCCCCGAGUCAAAGAACAUAUAACGAACUUGUUAACGGUUGGACCAAGAUCAAUGCGAAGAGAGAGGCGAAUCCCGACCAGGUUGGCGAGGAUACCUAUCCCAAAGUUACCGCUUUUGAGAUAUUCGUCAGGCCUGCACCUCUUCGACGUCUACUGUUGAAGAUGCUUAAUCCCGACCCGAAGAAGCGCAUCACGAUGAGUGAGGUUAUGUCGAAUCGAUGGAUGAAGAAUGUCGAGUGCUGCCAGCUGGAGAGUUACGAAGACCCCACCAAAUAUAUUGAUGCCUCCAAGAAGGACUGGAUGAAGUCGGGUACGAACAAGAUCUUCUGUCACAACCAUUUACCUCCUAUGAGCACGGGACACGGUCUGCCUCCGAUGCCCGGCAAACCCGGCUACUAA